GGAGGAUAACUUAUUCAAAACAGAAAAACAAAUUAUUCCUUUUUGAACAAACAAAAUACUUUUGGAAUCUAACUUGAAAAUAUUAAAACAAAACUCAAAAGCAAUUUCUAAUUUAACAAUUUUAACUUUUCCAGAUUUCACAUCAAUCUUUGGGUAAAGUUUGACAAAGUAUAAAAUAUUUUUCCUAGAUUUUUUCUCAGAUAUAUUGUAGGUCGCCAGAUGACGUAACUGCUAUUAAGGACUCUCCACCAGACACAACAAGCUUUGGUAUAUACUUCAGGUUUGGUCACUAAGAUAUGAUGUCACUUAGUGUAGAGAUGUGAUGUCACUAAGAUAUGAUGUCACUUAGUGCAAAGAUGUGAUGCCACUUAGAUAUGUCAAUGAUUAUGAUAUAAAUUCUGCUUUACCAUUUCCGUUCUAAAAUGGCGGCGCCCAUGAAAACAAUAUUUGUAAUCUCACUGUUUGCUGUAAUACUGCUCGGAGCGAUAGAUGUAUUACUCAAUUUUGAAAAGAAUGGUUGUGAGAUGACAUACAUGUACGAGUAUCCACAUUAUGAGCCUGUUCCCUUGAAGAAGAGUGUAGAACAGAAGUACCCCAAAUAUGGCUUAUAUGUUUAUGGAGAAGGGGCAUAUGCCAGAACAUUAGGAAAAAUGGAGUUUAAUGGUAUCCCAGUGCUGUUUAUACCUGGUAAUGCUGGGAGCUAUAAACAAGUGAGAUCCCUUGGUUCUGUGGCGUAUCGUAGGAUGAGGGACAAGAAGAUUCCUUUCCAAUUCAACUAUUUCUCCAUUGACUUCAGUGAGGAACUGUCAGGUGUUUAUGGAGGAGUAUUACAGGAGCAGACAGAGUUUGUUCAUGUAUGUCUGAAGCACAUCCUCACCCUUUACAAGAAGGCAAGCCAUCCCCCUUCCAGUGUUGUCAUUGUUGGACACUCCAUGGGAGGCAUCAUAGCCAGGGGUUUGUUCGCUCUGACUGACUUUAACAGCAAGCUUAUUAAUACCAUUAUAACACAGGCCACCCCCCACCAGGCCCCAGUGAUGGCCAUGGACAUUCAUGUGAAGCAGUAUUAUGACAAAGUGAAUGCCUAUUGGCACUGGCAUGUAAAUGACACGCUAAAAGAUGUCACCAUUGUUUCCACUGGUGGCGGUUACCGUGACAACAUGGUGCGAUCUGGACUGACGAGUCUCAGAGAUAUUGUCCCACCUGAAAGAUCUUUAAGCACUCUAAGUAUGUCUGUUCCUAAGGCCUGGGUGUCCACUGAUCAUCUAUGCGCAGUCUGGUGUAAACAAAUGGUCAUGGCAACAAAGAGAGCAAUGUUUGAUAUAAUUGACCGAAAAACUCAUCAAGUGAUUACAAACACAGCUGAAAAAAUGGCAAUAUUUCGUCAUCAUCUCUAUAGAAACAAAGGUGGCGCUUAUGUAGCUAAUAAAGCAGAGACACCUAUAGUUCUAGAUAAAUCAAUUAAACAGGAAGUGAGGACUGAAACAUCAUGGAGAUUUUUGCGUAAUAAAGUGAAAAAUGCUCAUUAUUUCUGUGUUAUGAUUCCUCAAGGAGAUGAUUGGAGGAUUGUUGCGACAUCAACUGUGGAUGUAGACAUGUGGGUGUUAGGCUGCAAGGCGGACCAAUCAGAAACCUGUCUGACUGCUACAGAUUUAUCUCACAAAGGUGGCAUCAUUCCCCCUCAGUAUGCUAAUAAGAAGAUGAUCUCCAUUAAACCCACAGAUGUCACUGGCUUCACCCAUGUUAUACUCUCCAUACCAAAAUCUAAGACACAAAUUGAAGUAACGGUUGAAACAUUUACCAAUACCGAGCGCUACCUGUCAUACACACUGCUAAACAUCUCCCGUGGUUUAUUUAAUUUCCCCAACAGUUUAAUGACUGCAGAGACAGUUAUAAAAGCUACAAGGGAGAAUGAAUUGUUCUAUGAUGUUGAGCUUAUUGGAUUAAGUGCCCCCCUACAGGCCUAUACAGCAAGUCUUACCAGCCUUAGUUGUAGUAAUGACACACAGAAAGGCAAUUAUGAUGGUAGCUUGAUGAUCCUCAAUAUACCCUGGUCCAAUGAAAAUGUCUACCAGUUUAGCAAGCCAAACAAAAACUCAUCCCUUGCGGUAAAGUUACAAAUUCCCCGACCACAGAAUUUUGAAGCCAACGCAAGGCUUCAACUUUUUCUACAGCCAGGAUGUACCUACAGAUUGGCCAUGAAGCCUGCUUGGACGGAGCUCCUUGGCCAGCUGGUUCGUUUCUAUGGUAACCUAUUCCCAACAUUCAUAGUGAUCAACAUACUGAUGGUGUUGUCAUGGCAACUACAUACAUUACACAAAACAGGAAGUGCAGUUGGUUUCACAGAUGCCCACACAGCUUGGGGACAGUCAUAUAGGGUGGCGCCCCCUGCAGCCUUACUUAGAAUCAUUCUUGGUACGUUCAUAUUUGCCCCAGCAUUACAGUUACUACGUGUACCCAGGGAUGAUGUGGAGGGUUUAGCUGCUCAAGGAAUAUGGUUCCCUCUUCUUCCUUUAUCACUAUACGUGCUAGCCACAAGUUUGGUUCUCGUGCAUCAUGCUUUAGUAUCUAUAGCACUCUAUAUAGCCAGUGCAAUAUUAGGAUUUAUAUGUGCAAGGUGCUGCAGAUCAAAUAGGAGUGGUGACAUAGCUACAUUCUUCCAGUACAAUAUUGUUGUCAUAGCAACACUAGUUGCCGGGAUAUUCAGUGGCUCUGUAGGCCUUGUGAUGGUGUUUGUUCUACUACUAGCCAAGGUUCUCCUUCUUCAUAUACAGAAGAAAUCAGGCACAAAAGAUGUCAGCACCUACAAUGUUUACAAAACUGUGUUGUUGCUAUGGAAUUGGCUUGUUAUCUUGAAUGCACCAUCUCUCAUAGUCUGGUUUCAAAAUCUGAGUUAUUCGAUGAGUCUUUCGCGCGAUCCUGCCAGGGUGACAUCUAUAGUAAGCUGUCUCUCUCUGAUUAUUUUGUUCUACACUCUAGGCCCCGUCACAAACAGGGCAGUCUACAAAACAGCUUCCUGGGCAGUCUACCUCCAAUGUAUUCCCAUGGUCCUCUACUCCAUCAGCUCUAUCUAUAGGAUUUCCUACUUCAUAACCAUCGCCAUUUUGUUUGUUGCUGUUUCGGCCAUUUUACAACUAGUGGUUCCAUCUAGCGAGGAGGUGGAUAUAUCAGAACCGACAGUAGACGGCAAAGAGAAAACAGAGUAACAUUCUAACAAUUUGCAGAAAUUGAUAUUUGUAAAUGUUUAUCCUUUUUAUUAUUUUUAUUUUACACUCAAUAUAUUAUAAAUAUAGGAUACAAAGCCUAUGAACUCAAUGUCUGUUCAAUUCUAGGUGUUUGAACAAUAAAUUAUGUCUUACAAAAUGUAUUUAACGUGUUAUGUACUGUAAAUUGUUAGAAUUGUUGCGAAGUUUUUUCGGCCAGAAAUAACAUGGACAUUUCUCAUAUUGUUGUAACAUUUUGUUAAAUAUUUGAACAUAGAUUUCUUUGUACCAUAUUCUCCCCAUAAAGUUAAAAUAGACCUACAUCUUUCCAUGUGUUUACAAGGCAGAAUAU